GUGGCCACCCUGGAGGCCAGCAUCAAGGAGGCGGUGGCAGCGCAGCAGCAGCAGCAGCAGGCGCAGGCGCAGCCAGGUGAGGAGAAGGACGCUGCGCUCGCCAUGGGCCUUCCCCUCGGCCUGGGGGCGCGGAGCAUCCCCAGCGGGCAGAUGGAUGCGCGCGCCGACCCGAACAGCAAGAGGCUCGCGAGCGAGGCCAACGCGAUCCUGCAGGUCCUGGACUCCAUCCCGAAGUCGGACAACGACGAGCGCGCCAAGAAGGCCAAGUCAGCGCUCCUGGCAGCGCAGGCGGUCACAGUGGCCAAGGGCGCCAGCAAGGGCUCGCAG